UAUACGGCGUACAGAAGAGGAAGCAAGCAAAAUACACUGCUCAAUCUUGGAGAGACUAGCUAUGGCUAGCUGUAGCACCAGUUUUGAUUCGGAUACUGGCUGGCAAACAUUACUGAAGGAGCUGCAAAAGAAAGCAACAGGCCAUGUCAAUGAGAAUAAUGAUGAGCCUAUCCUAGGAGUGAGAGUGGUCUACUGCAACAACUCCAGCAGCAAUCCCUCAAACUCAGAUCAUUCCGACUUGCACAAUGAACACUGGAAAAAAGCUCUCACUGAUAGCCUAUCAGAUAGGCCUAGGUCUCUUGAGGUGGGUACAGUAACUGGGUUCGACUUCAAAGAAGGAGUUGUAUCAGUGUUGUGGGACUGCGGAAACACAAGAACCUAUACUUAUGAUCUCUGGAAGAAUUUGACAGUGUACAGCCUUGGACCAGCAGGUUAUCUUGGUCAGAUGGUAUUCUGUGACAAGUGUCUCGAUCCAUCGAAGGGCCUCGCCUUCAGGCUGGCUAGGCAAAACAAGAGUGUGGGAGACCUUUACGACCUCUGUGUUCAGUGCUAUAACGAAGGCGACGAUGAGCAUAUGAAGAGUUGUUUCCAUUGCAACAUACCAAGUGGGAACAUAGACCAAGAUGAUGAUGAUGCCAAGAAAAGAUCUUUACCCACGCGAGAAGAGUCAGUUAAGUAUUCACUUGUGGGGAUAUUCAAGCACGCUACUGUUGCUCAUAGUGACUGCAACUCAGCAACAAGUACAGGUGAGGUCCUUAACAUUGUUCAUGAGGAAGGGAAGUAUGAUUUGAGAAAGGCCAAUUACUACGACUCGUGUGCCGAGGUUAAACUCGAGGAUGGCUCGCUCGACUAUUGGGAAGCUGGGAGUGGUGGGAAGGUGGAGCUUAAAGCCAUCAAACCUGGAGAAGCCCCGUUUCUGGUUGCUAUAGACCACUAUAUUAAAUUUGGUGAUGUUAUUGUCAAGGAGAUGUUCACCUACAAGACAAAACUUGUAAAAAUGGUCGAACCUGUGUUGAGCUAUUGCUUCAUGCGAUUCAAUCCGCCAGAUGAUGGAAUGUCAUGCUAUUCGCUCACGAUCAGUGGAACAAGGUUGACAGAAAUUACCGAUACCGAAAUCUGGCGACGUUGUAAAGACCUGAAAAUCGUGAUCCUUUUGAUGAACGAGCUAAACUCAUUGCCUGCAGAGCUGCAGGACCAUGCAUCUACCAUAGAGCUAGUGUGCGUACAACAUAAUAAGUUCACAAUCGUUCCACCAAUUAUCUACGAGGUCCUGACCAAUAUCAAGCACCUCAAUCUCCAUGGGAACCAAAUCUCGAUAUUUCCUUCUGAAUUGCAAUCUUUACAGCAUCUUGAACGUCUUAAGUUUGGUCGUAACUACCUAUAUUCCCUGCCAGAUAUGUUCAGUGGUUUCAAAUGCCUCAUUGAAAUAACGUUCAACAACAACUUUCUGACCAGACUUCCUCCAUCAUUUGCCGAGCUCACAUGCCUAGAGAGCAUUGAUCUUAUAAACAAUUCGUUCACUUGCAUCCCGGCAUCAUUACUCAAGUUACCUAAUCUAAAAUCCAUUUACAUGAGAUUCAACAGAAUUCACAGACUGUCUCCGCUUGAAGACAUAGGCGGUACGGACACUCUUGCUCUACUGCAAAAUAUGGUUACACUUUCACUUGAAGGAAAUCCGAUCUAUAUACGACUUAAACCCUCAACAGAUACAACUUUGGAGAAUGUUAGAGCAAAUUUUGUCGAACUUGAGCAGUUUCCUGGUCCAAUUACAAAAGCUCUUCGUGUGCUUGUACUAGGCUCGUCUGGUAGUGGUAAGACUAGUAUCGUAGAGGCUAUAAGUUUUGACAAGUACGUCACUCCAACAACUGAAAUGCACCACGAUCACACUGUUGGCAUCGAUCGGUUCUCAAUACCAGUGAAAAUGACAACUGAAGGUGAACAGGACUUCAUUGUUGAGCUACGAUUGUGGGACUUUGCCGGUGAUAGAAGUUACGUCAUGAUGAACGACCUCUUUAUUACAGAUGGUACACUAAUUUGGAUAGCCGUAAAUUUCGAAACUUACAAAGAAGACACACCCAAAAGCUUUCAGCGGUAUGUAGCUAAUUGGUUACAGCAAGUUAUGACCAAAAACGUUAGGCCUAUUGUAUGGAUCAUCGGUACACACACAGACAAAUGUACACCAACAGAGGUUCAAAAGAAAGCUAAACAUAUUCGGGGCAUGAUUGAAGAUGAAUGCAAACUAUUUCGUAAAGAACUAAAGAAUGAGCUUGAAACGUUGAAAACAAUAGAAGAAACAAAUAAAUACGGAAAUCGAUCACCAAAAUGUGUUAGAAGAAAUAUUGAACAUCUCAAUAGGGUCAAUGGUAACAGCGUACCUUGCUUUGUUAUGUAUAACUUGAAAGUACUUCAUCUGACAAAUACGCACACAUUAUCGGGAUUUGAUAAUUUGAAAGAGAAGCUUGCUUGCUUUCUUGAAAAUAAGUCUUUUGUUCAUCUCAAAACAAAACUCGAUGUUAAUCAGCAAAGAGCAGCGGAUGUACUUCGACAUGAAGCGGAAAAGCUUCUGUCUGAUGGACAAGCCCCUAUCCUAGAAAGAUCACAAGUGUUGGACAUAAUAAGAAAUGAGCUUGGUCCACAAACAACUAUAAGCGAAAAUGAACAUGAAGCAUCAUUAUUUCUUGAGUACCUCCAUCAAGCUGGCCACCUGUUAGAUUGCAAGUCUAACGAUGUUAUAAUGGAUGUUGAUUGGUUGAUAGAUUUGUUAAAACAAGUGUUCCACCAUAAUUUUUCAGCGAUGGUAGCCGAGAAAAAGAGAACGUCUGCUUUUAAUCAAUUAUCUGAUGACAUAAUUCAGCGGGCUAUAAUGAUUCAGAAAAAAAAUGGAACAGUUGAGCAGCAGUUGCUCAAAGCAUUGUGGCCAAUAAACUCGGGCGUUUUUAAAGAUCUGGUAAAGCUGCUUCAAACUUACGGACUCGCUUAUGAAACAACUGAUCCAUCCGGUUAUUUUUUUCCAUGGUUAGUAACGGAAAGCAGUCCCAGUACAGUACCACCCAGUCUCACUGGUUUUGAAAGUCGAAUUAUGGUAUCGUACGAGUUUUCCCCUUGCCUUCCAAUAUGCUUCCUACAGCAGCUGGCAGUCAAGUGCAAGGACGGCGUUUCUAUCAAGAAGGUUUAUACAAAUUCAUUUAUCGUAUCCGAAUCAAAUCAAAUACAAGACGAACUAACUACUAAAACUGUGUUCGUUUCAAUUUCACACGAGAAAAAAUGUGGGCAAAUUAAACUGUACGCUAUCACAAAUAAAAGUCAAGAUACGUCGUUAAUUAAGGAACUGUGGUCCAUGGUAAUGCAAAUUGUUAAAAAAAUGGAAAAUCUUCUUUGCAAUUGGAGAUUUUACAGUAAAUUUCAAAGAAUGGUGUGUUGUCCUCUCUGUACCAUGCCUUUCGUUGACUUGCAAAUUCAGACACAAGUUGAACCAGAAUGUCCACAAGCAUUAGAGUGCUAUAGCUGUGACGAAAUAAUUCCACCAGGCUACUUAGUUCCACCAACCGAAUGCCAAAUACCAGCAGAUAAAUAUGUUGAUGAUCCUCCGGACGUCUUAGGUUCAUCUUCAACAUCUCACUCACAGCAAUCAGUAUCACCUGAUCGUCAUACCAAUACAAGUGAGGAGAACCAUAGGCCAGUAGCUGAAACUCGAUGCGAUUCCAAAUCACAUAUUGUUGGUUUGACUCCUCCUGGCAAACAGGCCCACUAUCCGCAGCAGCAAUCUCAAGAUGAUGCAUCUUCGACACUGCCCGACACUCCAUCCCCAUCCGAUCUAUCAACUGCAACAGGUGCAGAAGAGACUACCAACCAAUUGGAAAUGGGCAGCGAUACCAACAAUACACAGCAACAUCAAAAUUUAGAAUCUUUCAUUCCCCUUAUAGAGCAAUGGUUUAAAGAACUAGGAUUGAAAGGCAAAUAAAGAGUACUAAACAACGCUUUGUCUGAGCCAAGAAUAACAGUUAGGACAAUUGCUAAACACAGAUCAAGAUAUCAAUCAAACUUAAAUGUGCUUUGUACAAAUUACAUCUAUAUAAUAGUUAGACACUGUUUAGGAAGUUUCUACAUGAUUUAGAAGCCCAAAGGGCUGGUUGUAGUAUCCCGAACGCAGUGAGGGUUCUACUAGCCCUGAGGACUUCUAAAUCAUGUGGAAACUUCCUAAACAGUGUCUAAGCAUUUUAGAUCAUAGCAACCAUGAGUAUUUAGCCAAUCAGAUUUGAAUGUUCUUAUCUAAUCUUUGCUACAUGAUUUUCUAUUGAAGUA